GGUGCAUCAUUUUGAGUCAUUGUCACGGUUCUCUAUUUCAAAAUUCCUAUAUAAGACGACCUUCGCCCCCUGCCGUCCCCACUUUUUCCUCCCCGUCCAUCACCAUGUCUGCAUAAUAAGCUCUUCGUGUUUUAAAAGAGCCCCUCUUCAACUCAUCAUUGCCGCGUCCCUUUAAAGAGCGCAGGCCCACCAUUCUUCUGAAGUAUGGUUAACAAACUUGCCCGUAAAUCUAACAACGGCACCAUUUUGUUCGAACCCUUCAUCGUCUACCGUAUACACCGGUCAAACCAGUUUCAACCCUGGUAAACUAGUUUCAGCCCGGGUAUGUUGUUUACAAGUCUUUAAAAGUAGGGGAACGUGUGCUAAUGGGACGCGUUAGACGCCACUCCACCAUACUUCCUGGAAUCCUUUGCCUCUCAUAUGUCAGCAGAACCAGUAGACCUUUGUACCAUGGCCCGUUCCAAGCUACACUCAGCUAUGGGCGGGAGCCUCCACCGCUGGGUACUGCUCAAAAACUCCGCCUAUCGGCCACCUCGCGCCCCCUAUGUGCCCAGCGUGGCGACCAGUUCUUCCUAUUCGAAACAUGUAUAUAUUUCAAGUGAUGAUGGUGACAACGAGGACGACAGUGAAGAAGAGUUGGAUUCGUUCAUGUUCCCCGACGGUUCCAAGCUUGUGGGGGUUGGAGCCAAUUCAUCCGAGGCUGAGUGGCUCGACUCGCUUUUGGAAUCCCUAGUCGAAGGUGGAGAUGACGAGUGCGCAUCGGAUGUCGACGUUCGCGUUUCCAUCCUACCGGUUGAAGAUGAUGAAGAUCCCCCACUUAGCCCCUUAACAUCACCAAUGUCGUCGUCGGACGACCUCCUCAGCCAUCAAGCAUACUUCUCUCCGCCUAUCGCUGUGCCAUAUCCUGUACCAUAUCCGCCAUUCCAUCCACCGCUCGUUCGUCCAUAUGAAAUUGAUCCCAUCAUUGAGUCUCCUGUUUCACCAUUUCCAGCGUAUGACGCUCUACCCUACUUUGACGCCGACGAAUUAGACGAUCUGUCUGUCCCAGAAGCUAUAGAGGACACUUCCGAUGACGAGUCCGACGCCCUUUCUACGCCAUCCCUGGGGCGCUCGUCAGACCUUGACUUUGUGGAUCCGACGUCUCUCGCUGUUCGCAGUAGGCGCCGUUCACAGCCUCAUGUAUACAUCCGACACCCGGACUCUUAUUUUGACCGUUAUGCGCUCGACCCCCUUCCGUUUCCCGAUGAAGAUCAUUCCACCUCGUAUAAUGCUGUCUACCAUGAAUGUUAGUUGUGCGUGUUUAACCUAGAAACUGCUGCUUUUUCUGCUCUAUAGUAAGUCACACCAGUGUACAUAUGCGUCAUUUUGUUCGUGUAUAUUACGUCUCAUUUUGGGAAUAUGGUUAUUAUCUCGCUUCGGGACGUGGUUAUUGUCACGGGGAAUAACUUGAACCCAGAAUACCCCGACGCAGCCCGGGCUUCUCACGAAAUUACGCUACCGCUGUGGGAGGAACGGGAUAGCGUUGAGACUAA